CUGCCCCAACCUGCGCACUCUCACACACUCUCUCAUCCCACCAUCAUGUCCCAACAGCAGCCAGGUGCAAUCUUGCCCAAGCACCGAAAGCCCUGCAGUCUGCCAAGCGAGAACUCUUCCAAGUCCUUCUGGCAUAGUGAGCCGUCGAGCCUCCUUCUGGGCCAUCGUUCGACUCGAAACCUGCCCAAGUAUGCCGAUGUGGUAAUUGUAGGGACUGGCAUCACAGGUACCAGCAUAGCACAUCAUCUCCUCACCGAUGGCAACAGUAACGGGAAGAAACCCACUGUGGUCAUGCUCGAGGCCCGAGAGGCAUGCUGGGGAGCUACAGGACGAAACGGCGGUCAUUGCCAACCCAUCUUCUUCGAACAUCCAGAGCAUCCUGAUAUUGGCCGUUUUGAAUUGGCCAAUUUCAAGGCCCUCGGCGAGAUAAUCAAUGAAAAGCACAUUGACUGUGAAUUUGUGGCUCAGCCCGGCGUUCGCGGCCUGUAUACAGAGGCGCACGUCGAAGCCGCUAAACAUGCACUCGAGACCGUGAAGGAAACCGCACCAGAUUUGGCAUCCAUGAUGCGAUUCACUGCUUCUAAGCAAGAGCUGGCUGCACUUCGCAUCCCGACCGCCUUGGGAGCCAUCAUCACUGACGUAGCAGCACGAAUGUGGCCGUACAAGUUUGUUUCUCACAUUCUGGAAGAGCUUGUCACUUCGCCCGCGUUACACGCAUUCUUCAACCUCCAGACUCUGACACCCGUCACUGCUCUAUCUCCACAUACCAAUGGGGUAGAGGUGCACACAUCUCGUGGCAAGAUUUCCACUUCGAAAGUCAUCCUGGCUACGAACGCCUACACAUCCCAUCUUCUCCCCGAAUUCGCGGAUCUGAUCGUCCCAUGCCGUGGCCAAAUGAGUAGCCUGGUACCAUUCCCUUCCGUCUCAGGAGAUAACAGAUUGAAGACCUCUCUGGGGUUUCUUGGCGACGGUCUAGAUGAUUACCUGAUUCAGCGACCGACAGAGCGGGGUGGUCAUCUCAUGUUUGGCGGUGGAAGACAACAUGGUGAAUCGAUUGGUGUCACAGAUGAUAGCGUUGUAGAUUCCGAGACCGCUCACUACCUCCGCAGUCGACUCGUGGAUGCCUUCCAGCUGCCAGAAGGUCAGAAGGGUGAUGAUACAGUCGAGAUGCCAGCCACUCACAUGUGGUCUGGCAUUAUGGGCUUUUCCAAAGACGACCGACCUUGGGUGGGCAAAGUGCCUGAUUCGCCUAAUACAUACAUUGCAGCAGGCUUCACUGGGCAUGGCAUGCCCAACGCCUGGCUAAGUGGGAAGGCUGCAGCUCUACUCGUUGCGCAGGCACUGGUAGAUACGGACGAGGCUGUGGCGUCCGCUCUGGUGCAGCAGGUGACUGGAUUACCCGCUGGCUACCUCGUCACUGCUGAGCGAAUUCAAUCUGCUUUGUCUUUGGAAGACGUGGAAAGCAAAGAUUGGGCUGAGAUGCACAGAGGUCUCAAGCACAAGGAAUAAAGAGGAUGAAUAAAUGAGAGGAAAGAAACGAAUUCGUGAUUUAUCGGGUAUCAUCUCUCCAUCUAUCUACAAACGUCAACACAUCAUCUACUGGAACGACUCGCCAGCGUGAUGGAGCACAUCAAACAGAGAGCUUAUGCGUCUCUGUGCUCAAACACUAGACUGACAUGGUCAUCUCCCGCAGUGAUGACAUGAGACCCUGCCACCUGCUUAUGUCCAUUCCCUUGCACGAACCCGAGAAUUCCUCCUCUCUCUCCAUCAUUUUCCAUAUGCCCUUUCCAUUCCUUCACCAACCCUUGUCCCGCGCUAGCUGUUCCUCCUCGAACAUCCCAGCGUCGAACGACACCAUCGUUGCCACAGGACGUGAGCAAAUGUGCUUUGGUGUUGGCUGUACCGAGAGGAGUCUUUGCGAAUUCGACCUUGAUGACAGCAUGAGGCACCUCGUCGAGCGCAUGUGAGUCUUUGAUCAAACGUCGCACCGCAAAAGAUUUCGCGGCGUCGAAAAUCGCAAUGGAGCCGUCUACACUGCCUGCUGCGAGGAGGGUGAGUGGAGGCUGACUGAAAUCGAGAGUCUCUACUCCAUCUGUCUGCGCCGCAAAAGCAGACAGGAUUUGGCCAUAACUGCUCGCUCCAGCAGCGGGUGCUUUGCUUUUCCCUGCACUCUUCUGUUGUGAUGAUGAUGAUGGCGCUGAGGGAGAAAGGCGAGGAAGUGAAAUCACACGAAUAUUGCCAAAUGCGCCUCCGACGGCUACAAUGCCUCCUCCGGGCGAUAUCGCGGCAGAAUAGAGGCCUCCGUCGACCUUGAAGCGCUCGUCAUCGGCUGUGAAGCGGAUUAUUGCUUGACUUCCAUUCGGAUCGGAUACUCCUGCUGCUGCUGCUUCGCCAAAGACGUCCCAGACAUAGAGAGAACUGGCUUCGUCUACGGUAGCGAGGAGUUGGCCACCGGGCGUCCAGGCCCCCGCUGUGCAAGGUGCUUGGUGCAGGAAGAAAGAUUGGAUCAUGUUGAGAUUUUGGCCGUCGAUGCUGUAGAUCCAGACACUUCCAUCCGCUGCUCCCAGGGCGAUGGUGUUGGCGUAUGCUUCGUUGGUGGAAGGACAAGGUACAAUCCAAGUAAUGUCGUCGACUUCUUUGGCAGAAGCAACUAAGUGUGGUUGUGGCGAUUGCGCUGUGGGUGUGGUGUAGACAUUCAGCGUGCCGCCUGCUGUGCCUGUAGCAAUGAAAUCACCUCGGGGUAGUGUAAAUGCGAUGGUGUUGACAGUCUCGUCUUGUGGGCCGAGUUUGGCAAUGACUUGCUGGCUCUGGCGUUCUCGCGGCUGUGGGUUUGUCUCGUAGCUGGCCGGUAGCACUGGGCCAGGCUCUGGUGUGGCAUCCCAGACGUAGGCCGUGUCAUCGCCUCCGCCAGUCGCAAUGAUUUCUGGUCGGGUGGGGUGUUGAGCUAUGCAGUAGAUACUGUCCUUGUGCGCGUCGAAGUGGGCGACACUGUCGUUCUGCAGCUGUAUCGUCUGUUGUACGUCGCCUGGUCCGUCAUCUUCUUCCUCUCCCCCCGAGUCCAUGGCAGCAUCGCCAUCCUCGUCUUCCACUACUUCUUCUGCCUCGUUCGGAUCGAGCAUUGCUUGGUCUUCCUCCUCCUCCUCCACUUCUCGGUGACCAUUCUGAUUGCUGGCCAUUGUUGUGGAUUUGAUUGACUCGAGCAGCGACGUCGUUUGGUUGAGUGAAUGUCUCUGCAAAAAGAGAGUAUGGGAUUGGGUGAGUGCUAAGCCAG